GUGUGGCGUCUUUUUUUAUGUCCGCUCCCCUGAAAUUGCUUUGCCCCCGGCCCCCUGAUUCCUCUGGGCAGCCUGGUUGUCCCACAGAGCUUUUCAGCUGGAGGCAUCACCAAGCACUUUGCAUAUUCUCAACACAGGUGAGUCCCAUGUUGUCGUCUCCUGCCCAGGUGUGUGAUGGUCCCAGGGCCUCCUGAUUCUCUCUGGCUGGGGCUGGCACCAAUGCACAGGCCCAUGUGCCCGGCGCUGCGCUCGCUGGGACUGGCUGUGGGGGUGGCGCUGGGCAGGAAAGGCACCAUGUGGGCCGGGUGCGCCAGCAUCAUGGGCUGGUUCCUUUUCAUCCAGACAGCGCCUGGGGUGGCAGGUGGUCGUCCCUGCAGCCCCCAGUAUUUUGGCCAUGGCUUGAUGGCGUGUGAGUGCAACGCCACCUAUUGUGACACACUGGACCCCGUUGUUGUCCCGGCCCUGGGCACAUACGCCAAGUAUGAGAGCAGCAAGUCGGGCAAGCGGCUGGAUCGCAGCGAGGGGAGGUUCCAGAGCGACUCCACGGCCCCAGAUCUGUUGCUGAAGCUGGACACGGCACAGCGGUACCAGAAAGUGAAGGGCUUUGGCGGCUCCGUCACAGACUCGGCUGCAAUGAACAUCCUGUCCCUGUCCAAGGAGACCCAACGCCACCUGCUCGCAUCCUACUUCACGGAGGAAGGGAUCGAGUACAACCUGCUCCGCAUCCCCAUGGCCAGCUGUGACUUCUCCACCCACCCCUACAGCUAUGACGACAUCCCAGACGACUACCAGCUCCUCAACUUUGGCCUGAAGGAUGAGGAUACAAAGCUGAAAAUCCCCAUUCUCCAGCGAGCCAUGGCCUUGUCCAAGAAGCCGCUGUCCCUGGUCGCCAGUCCCUGGUCAUCGCCGGUCUGGAUGAAAACCAACGGGGAGAUGAAGGGGAAGGGAAGUCUGAAGGGGAAGCCGGGGGACAAGUAUCACAAGACCUGGGCCAACUACUUCGUCAGGUUCCUGAACGAAUACUCCAAGCACAACCUGACGUUCUGGGCGGUGACGGCGCAGAAUGAGCCCACGGCUGGGCUGAUCAACAACUACCCCUUCCAAUGCCUGGGCUUCACUGCCGAGCACCAGCGGGACUUCAUCGCCCAGGACCUGGGCCCGGCGCUGGCCAACAGCUCGCACAAGGGCAUCCGGCUCAUCAUGCUGGACGACAACAGAGUGCUGCUUCCGCACUGGGCCAAAGUGGUGCUGGGUGACCCAAACGCUGCUCGCUACGUCCAUGGCAUCGGCGUCCACUGGUACCUGGAUUUCAUCGCUCCCAUAGCGGACACCCUGUUACCGACCCAUGACCUCUUCCCUGAUUACUUCAUCUUGGCCACAGAGGCCUGCACUGGGUCCCACUUCUGGGAGAGGGAUGUUAUCCUGGGCUGCUGGGAUCGGGGGAACCAGUACAGCUACAGCAUCCUGACGAACCUGAACAACUUCGUCACCGGCUGGAUCGACUGGAACCUGGCCCUGGACCUGGAGGGGGGGCCCAACUGGGUCCAGAACUUGGUGGACAGCCCGGUCAUCGUGGACAGGAAAAAGGAUCUCUUCUACAAGCAGCCCAUGUUCUACCACAUGGGACAUUUCAGCAAGUUCGUCCCCGAGGGCUCCCAGCGUGUCGGGCUGGUUGUCUCCAAGAAGAGCUGCAAGUACAGCAUGGAGUACGCAGCCUUCCUGCGCCCGGAUGGCGCCGCCGUGCUCGUGGUCCUGAACAGGUACUCCACAGACGUGCCGUUCAGGAUCUCCGACCCAGGCAUUGGCUUCAUUGAGGCUGUGGCUCCAGCUGACUCCAUCCAGACCUACCUGUGGAGACAGCAGUGAGAAGGCUCGGGGGGCCUGGGGCAGAGGAAGGUGGGGGGCGGGGGGAGGACUUGCCAUUCCAGGCAGCACAGACAGGGCUGGGUGGGGCCCUCAGGGAGACAGGGAGGCCAGCGCUCACCUAGAUCUGCCCCUUGCAAAGCACAGCACCUGGGCAGGGGCAGAGCUGAGCCAAGCCCCAAGCCUGCAGCAUGUCUAGGGCCAGCUGGGCUCUACUGGACCCGGGCACAGAGGGAGCAGGGCUCCCUUUGCCCCACAGGAGUGGAGAACCACGCUCGCUGCUGCUCUGCCAAACAGCAGCCGUCUCUGGCUCCCUCUGGGCCCCCACCCCCGGCCCGGUCUCCAGCAAAGCCUAGCACAUGGGCAUGUCUAGCGGAGAGCUGGGCACCUGUCUGGAGCUUUACAUCAACCGGGAGUUAAAACCCCACCACCUCUCCCCUCCCAUGCGCUGUGCCCCAGGCUGUCCCACCCCAGUGACACUUCCUUGGGUGCCUCCGGGGCAGGACCCGGCUUGAACCAAGGAGACUGGAACAGCUGAGUCCGGGGGGGAAAGAGUCUCCUUUAUAAACCCCUGCUGGAGGCUCAGUCCGCAGGGUGGUAAGCGAGGCCCCCAGGACGGUGGCUUCAUGCGGAGAUCCAAUGGGCAGUCGUUGCGCAGCCGCCAGGAGCCGUCACCCCUGGGCUGAGCGCUGCUCACCGUAGUCUGCCCCAGGGAGGUCCGUCUUUGGCUCCCAACCUCCCGCUGGCUUGCUGGGCUGCCUGUUCUGCUGCCGUCUGUCGGCAUCUCUGGCCUUCCCCCUUCGGGCUGCAAGAGAUGGAAUCGCAGGGAGCUCCUUGAGGUUGGCCCCCACCCCAGACAGUGGCUGAUAACUGGAACAGGGGGUCACAGACCAGGGCCCAGUCUCGUUCAGCCUCUGGACUCUGCAUUCCUUAUCUCUGUGACAGAAUCGGCCUCCAAUGGGGCAUGCUGGAUGCUGUUUUCCCCCCCCACAGGCUCUCCCCGCCUGGGAGCCCUUGGACCAGGGACUUUGCCUGGCAGAGUGGGAGGUGGGCAAGGGGUGCAGCGGCCCAGGGAACAUGCUGCUCUGACCGCACCUGCCCCAGGGCUGGCAGGCCUGAGGGAGAGGACAUAGGGAAUGGGUGAGAGAGCUUCUUUACCUUUUCUGCAAAUAGCAGAGCAAGGGCUCAGCAGGUGAAAUUGAAAGGAAAUAAAUGUUCAAAGUACAUAAAAAGAAAUAAUUUUAACAGGGUGCAUAAUUUACCUGUGGCACUCACUGCCACAAGAUUUCACUGAGGCCAAGAGCUGAUAGGAUUCCAAAAAAGCAUUGGCCAUUUAUAUGGCUACUGAUUAACACCCAUAGUUACAUUUUGAGAGGAUAAAACCAAAGCUUGUACAAAAUCUAAACCCUCUUGCUUCCGAGUGUGACCCAGGGACUCACUGCUCUAGGAGGGACGAGGAGACCUGUGGCCCCGAGACUGAAGCGGAGUCAUUUUGCACGUAAAGCAGGUGUUUCACCACUGGUUUAUGUAUGAGGAACACAGCACACUUUCCUCCAUGUUCCAUCUCUUACUUUUUGAGCACAGAAUGAAAUUUCUGAACAUUUCCAAGUAAUUUGGUUACUUAUUUUGAAUAAAAAUUAAUUUAAAAUGGUUUAAGAAGUUUA